UCAUCUGCAAAAGGAUAUAUAUACAUAUACAUAUACAUAUACAUAUACAUAUACAUAUAUAUUUCAAUAAUUUGUUAAUUGUAGCAGAUAUUUGAUGAUAUUGAUAUGAUGAUGGAGGUUCUUUUGCAAUACAGGUCCCAAUUCUGAGGCAAAUCUCAGUUUCUUUUUUGACGAAGAAGAUUGCAUCUUUUUUUUUUUGCGAUCUUUCAGCAAAAUUGUAUAUUAAUUGUAUAGAAACCUGAGUAGUUGAUGGCUUCACCAGAUAUUGAUUCCCCGUGGCUAUCAUUGAAUGGUGACUCCGUCUACCGAUCUUUUAGUAUACACACGGUAGACGAAGAAAAUCCAGGUGAUAUUUUAUCUGAGUUGGAAGCUCCCAAAUCUUCUGUAUCUAAUAACCAUACUAUUCCAAAAGCACCUCCACUCCCAACUAGCAUUGCUACUGGCGCCAAAUAUCCCAAAAGGCUUCCGGAGUGUUGCUUUCUCCUGAAGGAAACAAAGGCCAAGUGGGACAAACUUUUCAAGGAAGGUUAUGGUGCGGAUGUUUAUAUUAUCACUAGGGCCAAUUCACACAUUCCUGCUCAUUCCAGUGUUCUAAGUGUUGCGUCACCAGUGCUUGGCAAUAUUCUGACCCAGUCAAAAGCUAAGAAUGGUAUGAUAUGCAUUAAGAUUCCUGGAGUACCAUGUGAAGCUGUCUAUGCAUUCACUCGUUUUCUGUACUCGUCCUGCUAUGAGGAGGAAGAGAUGAAGAAGUUUGUCCUUCAUUUGUUGGUUUUAUCACACACCUACUCUGUUCCAUCACUGAAGAGACUUUGCAUAUACCAUAUGGAGCAAGGCUGGAUGACCAAAGAAAAUGUGAUUGACGUACUUCAGUUAGCGCUGAAAUGUGAUGCACCUCGACUGUUUUUUAUUUGCGUUCGUAUGAUUGUGAAAGACUUCAAACAAAUAUCUUCAACUGAAGGCUGGAAAGUGAUGAAGCGUGCUAAUCCUGCCCUCGAGCAAGACCUUGUCGAGUCUGUCGUCGAAGCAGAUUCUAGAAAGGAAGAAAGGUUGAGAAAAAUGGAAGAGAAAAAAGUUUACGUGCAGCUGCAUGAGGCAAUGGAGGCUCUUCUUCACAUUUGCAGGGAUGGAUGUAGGACAAUCGGACCUCGCGACAAAGCGCUGAGAGAAAGUCAGGUUGCCUGCAAUUUCCCUGCUUGUAAGGGGCUGGAAACUUUAGUUCGUCAUUUCUCCAAUUGCAAGACUCGAGUCCCAGGCGGAUGUGUUCACUGCAAACGAAUGUGGCAGCUUCUAGAACUGCAUUCUCGCAUGUGCGACGAGCCAGACUCUUGCAAGGUGCCUCUUUGUAGACAUUUCAAAGAGAAAAUGCAGCAGCAGACCAAAAAGGAUGAAGCAAAGUGGAAACUGUUAGUUAGCAAAGUGAUAGCAGUGAAAAUUGCGAUUGGACCAUUCUCAUCUCGGUCCUCAAGUUUACUAUGACUCCUGUAAAUUAGUUCUGCGGAAUAAGUUCCUAAUGUUCCUCCAUAUCUGCAAGCAAUAAUGGGAACUGUAAAGAAAGUAUUUGUUACAAACAGCUAGAGAAUGUUUUGUUCUAUAAGGAUGAAAAGGCACACAGCAUGUUAAAGUCCGCUACUUUGCUACUUCUUGGAUACUCUUCAUAUUUCAACUUGUUAAUCCAA